AUGAUCUCCGGCAUCGCACACGUCAAUCUUACUGUCACCCCCGGCACCCUGCCGCAAGCAGAGGAAUUCUACGCAAAGACCCUUGGGUUAACGCCUGCGCCGGUACCGGAGCUGCAGAUCGGCACGAUUUGCUGGUUCAACAUCGGUAAUAGCGGGCAGCAGAUUCACGUUACGGAUCACGCGGAAUCGGAUCCACGAUCCAGUCGGCACCCAUGCUUUAAGCUGGAUUCGCGCGAAGAUCUGGAGGCGAUGAAGAAGGCUAUCUAUGAUCACCAUGUUCGUGGGGGUCCGGCGGCGCCUUUGGCGGCGGAUAAGCCUGGGGAGGCGAAUUCAGGGACCAAAGGCAAGGAGUAUCCGAGUCGUUUCUUUGCUCGGGAUUAUGCGGGCAAUCUUUUGGAAUUUACGAUGUAG